AUGUCUUCUUCGGUAAAAACUCGCGACUCCGCACUAAAUGCUAUAAAAAGAUACAUGACAAAAAGCAAAGACGAAGCUUUUCUCAUGGACGUCGACACUGUAUCAAGCUAUUUACAACUCCUUAACGAGCAAUGGGUACGUUUCACCGCUGCUCAAGAUGAUGUUGAAACAUCUUGUGGAUCUGACAAUGUGGAAGUACAGGAGAACGCUCGCAUACAAGGUGAAACUUGGUAUGCUGAAGCUUUAGCCAACUUCAAACGGGUUCAAAAGUGUAGGGCGGAACCGCCAACGCAGCCUGCAGCUACGUCAGCGUCUGUGUCUGCUGCUAUACGUUUGCCCAAAAUGGAUUUACCAACCUUUUCGGGCGAUUCCACGGAUUGGGUCGCCUUCUAUGACGCCUUUUGUUCGUUGGUUGACACCAACACCGCUUUGUCAGAUGGGCAAAAAUUACAUUAUUUGCGCAGUUGCCUAAAAGGUGAUGCACUAAGCAUUAUUAGUGGCUUCAAAAUCUGUGAUGCAAACUACACAGAGGCGUGGGACUUGCUAAAAUCUCGCUAUAAAGUAAUGCGAGUUAUUGUUGAGGCACACCUCAGGGCGAUAGCUGACGUUCGCAAGGCUUCGGGUGACACUGCUGAUGCUAUUAAGGGUGUUCUCGAUGCAAUUCAGCAACACAUACGAGAGCUUAAAGCAUUAGGGCGUCCCGUAGACUUCUGGGACGAUUGGUUAGUACAUAAUACAGUAAAUAAACUCGCGUUCGAAACCCGCAAGCAGUGGGAGUUAUCGCUUAUUAGCGAUGAACCCCCCACCUUCGAACAACUGACAAUGUUUCUGGAGAUUAGGUGCCGCUCAUUGGCAAUGAUUACCGCGCCUGCUCCGCAGGCAACAACUAUUAAGCCGACGACGUAUAAAUAUGCUGCGAAAUCAACAAAAGUAUUUCACGCAAUUCCAGAGCAAAACCCCGCGCGCUGCACGUACUGCAAUGCAGCUCAUAAGAUCUACUCUUGCGACAAAUUUCGUAGUUUAGAUUUUACUGCAAAAUCUAAAUUUAUCAAAGAAUCCAAAGCUUGCUUGAAUUGUUUAAGUCCAGGGCAUUACAAAGAACGCUGUAAUAGCUCAGCCGCUUGCCGAAUAUGUCAUCAACGACACCAUACGCUGCUUCACAGUAAUACACAUUCACCCGCCGCCACAUCGGCUCAUGUCGUCGAUGCCAUCGCUGCCGCUUCGAAUCCCGCAUCUGUAAGCAACCAUGCAACUGGUUCAUCUGCCACCGCUUUAGCAGUGAAUAGCGCUGCUUCACACGUUUCGUCCUGCUUGAGUGCUGGUUCCAUUCCGCUACCUGCAACGCAAAAAUCAGUUAUAUUAUCUACCGCAUUAGUAAAGAUUCGAGACUGCGCUGGUCAUUGGCAGACAGCACGUUUAUUGUUCGACACCGGGUCGCACGCCUCUUUUGUAACGGAGGCAUGUGUACAGCGUUUGGGAUUAACACGUUCAUCGUCUUCUGUAUUUGUCACAGGAAUUUGUUCAUCGCAAGGCGGUCGCUGUAGAGGCGAAACGCUGCUCACGCUUUCGUCUAAUUGUUCGGAUAAAUGCUACGAUAUUACCGCGCUGAUUCUUCCGAAAAUCACCAACGAUUUGCCGACGCAGACCUUGAGUGUUUCUAGUUGGCCACAUAUCCAAGGCUUAUUCCUAGCUGAUCCAAAUUUUGCGAAGCCUGGCCGCAUAGACGUACUCGUAGGCAUGGAUGUAAUGGAUCAACUAAUCUGUGUGGAGCUUCGAAAAGGUCCGUCUGGCACGCCUAUGGCCCAGAAAACAGUUUUUGGCUGGACUUUAUUUGGAAACGUUGACAGUCUUGGUUCGCCAACGCCUAGUUUGCAAUCGCUGCAUUGUGAUGUGCAAUUAGAUCGAGCGCUCGCUAGGUUAUGGGAGCUCGAAGACUCGCCGCAGAAACAGCAUCUCACGCAUGAGGAAAACUUCUGCGAGAAUCACUUCAAUUCUACACAUCAAAGAAUGCCGGAUGGUCGCUUUGUGGUUGAACUACCGCUUAAACCUAAUACAGUAUUGGGUGAGUCACGAAACUUCGCAAUACGUAACCUGCUAUGCAUAGAACGAAGGCUCGCUAGCAACAGCGAUUUGCGCUUGCGCUACGAUGAGUUCAUGAGAGAGCUCAUUGACAUGGGUCACAUGGAGGAGGUGUUUGAAACGACGAGUGAGGUGUAUUAUAUGCCACACCACCCAGUCAUUAAAGAAUCCAGCGUUACGACCAAGCUGAGGGUAGUCUUCAACGCGUCCGCCAAAACCACCACGGGUAACUCGCUUAAUGACGCAUUGUUUGUUGGACCUCAGCUACAGCAAGAUUUAUAUUCUAUAUUGCUGCGCUUCAGAACGCAUCGCUACGCGGUAACCGCGGAUGUAGCUAAGAUGUAUCGGCAGGUCUGCGUUUCGUCGAAACACGUCGAUCUGCAACGAAUCGUUUGGCGUCCAGAUCCAUCUUCACCCAUUAGAGAUUACCGCAUGUUACGCGUAACGUACGGGGUGGCCGCCGCGUCUCACUUAGCUGUAAAAGCGUUGCAACAAACUGCUAAGUGCACAACUAAUGGGUGUAAGAAAGCGGUUGACGCGAUCCUCAAUGAUUUUUACAUGGAUGACCUGCUAACUGGAGCCUCUUGCAAGUCACAACUCCGGUUGCUCCAACAAAACGUAUCCGAAAUUCUUCAAGAAGGCGGCUUCGAACUAAGGAAGUGGGCAUCUAACUGCGCUGAGCUGAAAGAAAUCAUCUCCAAGUCAUCUCAAACUAUAUCCCAUUACAUAGUCGACGGUAAGGACGUUCAUGCGUUAGGCCUCAUUUGGAACAUAGAGGGCGACUACUUUACAUUCGCAGUCGACCUAAAGGAGCCUCCCGCUAUUUUGACUAAAAGAGCCUUUUUGUCAGAUGCCAGUAUUCUCUUUGAUCCGCUGGGCUUACUUGCUCCUGUGACAAUAUGCUCGAAAAUGUGGUUCCAAGACAUUUGGCGCGCUGAGGUUGGAUGGGAUGACUUGAUACCAGACACAAUAGCAAAUCUAUGGGUUGAUCAUCGCGUGCAGCUGCAGAAACUAGUAGACUUGAAG